UUUUGGGCUCGUCUUUUGAUCCGUUCUGGAUGUCCAUAGAACGCCCAGCCGAAGCAAGGGUCGACACCGAUGCGGCUGGUGGUCAAACUGCGUCUCGUGGUGUCCCGCCCGCGUAUCCCGCCUUAACAAACUACACCACUAAGGAGGGGUUCAACUUCGGCGCGUCUCCAGAGCAGACAGAGGGUGCAGCGCGCUACCAACGAAAACUACAAAACGACGCAGAGGAUUUGGACUUGAGUGAACUUCCUGCAGACGUUGCCAGGACUCUGCGUGACUGGCUGGUCCGCUCGGCCACCUGUGGAAUGCGCUACCAGUGGGUAAAAUUAGCUCCCGUGUUCUGGCCCCGCUGGUUACGCCACACCGAUUGCGAAAAAUCUGGUGGCUCUCGGAGUUGCUCUUUCCCCAGCGGGAUGGCAUGCCGGCAGGCCCAAACCACACAGAUAAAGAUACUGGCCUGGCACUGCUGGAGCAGCGAAGAGAGGCGGGGAUGGGUUAAGAGAGAUGGCCGGGAUCGACAGGGGGACUGUGGUGGUGGGGACAGGUGUUGCAGGCAGAAAGUGUUUGUGGAGGCAGGUGCCUUAUCCUGUGGUUACAGCGUGUAAAUGUUCAUGCAAAUAGUUUUAUUUGAUCACUGUUAAUCACGAACAUGUAACCUAUUUGGGAUUGGCCGACAUUCAGGAGAGAAUUUAUUUGAACAUCUGAUUGUCUAUGUAGGCUUACGACUAUUUGUUUUGCAAUUAUCAAGUAUUGUUUGUCCAGCCUUAAAUAGGAUACCUGUAUACAAUUAAGUAACUUGGGUUUCGUAAUCAACUUGUUUUCAUUACUAUGAAACGAAGCUAUUGGACGAACAUUGAAUAAAUUUGGUGUUUCCAA